AUGCACGGCAGCGAAUUAUUCAUGCAUAUGAUGCCGCAUGGAAAGUCGAUCCGUGCCGAGUUAAUACACCCACCUGGGUGUCGAUUCCUUGAAGUGCCAAAAAGCCGGACCAAUAGAAUGGCCGUGAUACGACUCUUCCUUUCAAAUUCUACUGUUACGGCGCUUUUCAACCCGGCUCUGUGCCUCGGCAUCGAAUUCUGGUCUUCGCUGAAUAUGAAAGUGACGCGAAUCGAACAUCCAGACUGCGUCUCGUCAUUUUUCGAGUUGGCCCAAUUUGUCGAUCAGUUGAAGAUUACGCAAUUCGUCGAUGAUAGCUUUGAGAAUAAGAUGAACGCUUGGCCGAGGGAUGGCAUCGCAUUCUUGAAUACACGACUGAUACGCUCGAUGGAAUGGGUGCAUUUGUUGGUCGAAGACCACGAUUUGCAACAUUUGCACCGGAUUUCAGCGAAGGAGAUGAUAAUUACGGUCCUGAUUGAUUCGCUUGAAGUGAGGCCUGAUGUCGGAUGGAUCGAUCGAACAUAUGAAGGGAUGGUGCUCAUUUUAAGGGCUAGUGAUGGACAAGCAUUGAUCGCUCAUUUCGAAGCCCCCGAUGAUUAUUUCUAUCUGAUAAGAAGCGAAUAUAAUUUUCGACGGGGUCGUUGCCUUGGAAGUUAUCAACGAAAUGCACUGGCCCUCGCCCGUAUCUCAAAACUAAUGGCGCUCUCGACAUCGUUGGAGGGGAAAAACCCGGCAGUGGCCGAUGACGCGAAGAAGAAGCUGAGGGAGGAAUGCAUUGACUUCAACGAGUACAAUCGCGGUGUUUCAGAGAGGGAUUUACUCAUCGAUUCGAUCUGGCGUUCAAAAGGCCAACGCCGCUCUCCAUGGGGAUGCUUUCGAGGCGCCAUGGUUCGCGAUAUGCCAUAUCCGGUGGACAGGAAACUCGCCCCUGCCUACAAAUUUACGAAAGUUGGCAAUUUUGCAAGUCUGAUGUCGAUUCGUGCCAGCGAUUUGUGCAUCGGCUUCUUUGACGAGGACGUAUCCCAUUCCCUCCCCAUCUACACUUAUUUGCGUCGAAGAAUUGACAGAUGGCUGAAAGGAAAGGGUGAAAUCAACAUGAUUCAACUCUUCUUUUGCUUGGAUCUGGUCAGCCCUGUGUUGUCAUGGAUCGCUGACAAUUUGUCUCCAGAAUUGGGAUGGAUCGAUCGAACAUACAGCGCAAUGCCGCUCAUUCUAAGGGCCAGUGAUGGACAAGCAUUGCUAGCCUAUUGGGAUGACGCGGAGAAGUGUAUCUAUCUAAUACGAUGCGAAUACAAUUUUCGACGUGGUCAAUGCCUGGGAAGUUAUGAGAAAAAUGAGAAGUCUAUCCGCAAGAUUGCCGAUCUGAUGCGUAUCGCGUCGCAACUAUCAGCCAUUCGACCAGCGUUAGCCGAGGACGCAAAGGAGAAGCUGAGGGAGGAGUGCAUCAAGUUUAACCAGUAUAACAAAGGCGCCACGAAAAUGGACCUGUUGACGGAUUCGAUCUGGCGUCCGGAAGGUUAUCGGGUAUCCCCAUGGCGUCCGGAAGUGAGGGACAAGUCCCAGUAUGUGAUCUAUCCGAGUGAGAUGUCCCUAUUC